CCUUAAGAGGAGGAGCAUCUAAGAAUGUCUUCAGGGGAACUUGUUGAGAAAUCCCAUCCAUAUAACACCGUUUCUGAGAAGAAUGGUGAUUCAAAACGACCAGGAGAAGCUAGUAAUGAUGACAAUGACUGCAAAAAGAGUAAGAAAAAGAAGAAGUGGAAGUCUAAGAUGAAAGAAGUUGUUCGAAAACUCAAAUAUCGAGUAGCGGUUCUCGAGAAUGAACGUGGAAGCCUAAAAUCAAUGCUGUCGACUAUAUUGAAACACCUUGAAGUUCAAAAAAAGGGUGAAGAAGGAGACUGCACGGGAGUUGAAGGUCAUGAUGCCCAGACCGAAGAUGUUGACACACCCGGUACACCUUCUUGGUUGAGGAUGCCAAGGAGGAUGACACAAGGUGUCGAAGCAAACCGCACAGAGGAUGACACAAUGGACGAGUUGGAUAAGAAGGUUCAUAUUGAUUUGGAGGAGCCAAUAGACGUCGUUGACGAUUUCAACGAGGAAAUUGGAGUAAAAAGUCUUACUUAUUUUGAUUCAGACGUCAUGGAAAUAAAACCAUUAUCCACUAAACGACCACAUGUUCGGCCCACACGUAGCAAGCAUGCAAGUGUAUACUUGUCAACCCCUUCACAGCUUUAG